AUGGGCACUGGCACCUCGGGAGCGGGCACCACGUGCACUGGAACCUUGGGCUCCAGAGCAGGAACUUCGGGUGCCAGAGAUGGAACCUUGGGUGUGGGAACCUCAGAUGCCGGAACCUUCGGCGUCGGUGCAGGAGCUGGUCAGGAACCAUGGAGGGUGGUGCAGGAGCCGCCGGGAUGGGAAUCAGUGGAGGCGGAUCAUCAUCCGCCGGGAUGGGAGCCGCUGGGGGCGGAGCGUCAUCCGCCAGGACCGGAACCGCUAGGUGACAAAGCGUGGAGAUCUAUCGGGGGCAGAGCAUGGGGGGUGUCGUGUUGGCCGCCAGGACCACAGAGAGCGGCGUGUCAGCUGCUGGGAUGGGACCCUCGGAGGGCGGUGCAUCACCCACAGGGACUGGCACCUCGGGAGCGGGCACCACAGGGACUGGAACCUCGGGAGCAGGCACCACGGGGACUGGAACCUCGGGCACCAGAGCAUGAACCUCGGGUGCUGGAGCAGGAACCUCGGGCGCGGGAACCUUUGGCGUUGGAGCAGCAGUUUCUUGGGGCAGUGCAGGAGCCCCAAGGAACCACGGAGGGUGGUGUAGGAGCUGCCGGGAUGGUAAUGAGAGAUGCUCCGCCCCCACUUAUCGAUGAGGGAGCCGCUGGGGGCGGAGCAUCAUCUGCCGGGACGGGAAUCGCUGGGGGCGGAGCCUCAUCCGCCAGGUCGGGAGCAAGCGGGGGUGCGGAGCCUCAUCUGCCGGGACGGGAAUCGCUGGGGGCGGAGCCUCAUCCGCCGGGACAGGAAUAGCUGGGGGCGGAGCGUCAUCCGCCAGGUCGGGAACCGCUGGGGGCGGAGCCUCAUCCGCCAC